GCGACGGCGACGCAACAAGUGCCGAAAUCUAAGCCGGCCCUGGCAGCAGUCCACGGCUGUAAUCUCUCGCGGGGGCUGCCCCGAGCUAUCGUGUACAAACGCUGUAUACGCGUCGCCUCCUCUAUCAGCUGUAGCGCUAUAGCGCUCGCACGUCUUCCGCCGAAAAUGGCGCCGUCGCGGGACGUCGUCGCUCGCGCAGCUCUGGUCGCGGUGCUGUCGGUCCACGUCUGCAGCCAGCCGGUCGCGUCGGUUUCGCUGGACCGCUACCUGCAGGACCCGCUUCCGGUGCCCGAGUUCAACAUCUCGACGCGUUCGUCGCUGGUAGCGGUGCGCGGUCGCUUCUGGGACCUGCAGCUGCACGGGCUGUCGGCGACCCGGCUGGAACGGGCCACUGCCAACCUGACCGGCCAGACGGCCGAAGUGGCCACGCGCACCGAGCUGGUCUCGCUGCGCGGCCAGUACGUGCUCAGCGGGGACUUCGCGUUCGUCGCGCUGCGCGGCAACGGCACCUUCUGGAUGAACGCCACCAACGCGGUGGCGUCGGCCCGCGCUGAGCUAGAGCGGGGACCCCACGGGGGUCCUUGGGUGCGCGAGGUAAGCGCGAAGCUGGAGGUAGACGACAUCGACCUGCACAUGGAGAACCUGAUGGGCGGCGGCCGCUGGUCGACAUUUAGCAACUCGCUCCUCAACCAGAUCAGCGGCACGGUCUUCAAGAAGGCCGAGCAGUCGCUGCGGGGCGAGAUCGAGCAGAACGUGCGCCGGCGCGUGAACGAGGAGCUGUCCCGCGUGCCGGUGGACCUGACGGCCGCGCGCUCCGAGCGCCUAGUGGACGCGCUGCUGGAGCGCACCGCCGAGCAGCUGCGGCUCGUCGACCCGCACGCGCUGCCGGACCAGGCGCGCUCCUUCGACCAGGACCUGCUCGUGCUCCGCGCCCAGGGCGAGAUGCGCCUCGAGGACGGCACGCUCCACGGCCUGUCCACCAUUCGGCGCACGGGCGAGGUGCUCGCCUUCUACCAGGACGGCACGCUCCUGCUGGAGGCGGACGUGGGCUUCUCGAACCUGACGGGUCGCUGGCGCUGGUGGGCGCAGCUCCUGGGCGCAGGACCCUCGGGCGACGCCUCGCUCGGCGUGCAGGGCCUGUCGCUGCACCUGCGCAUCGCGCUGCCCCUGCAGGAAGGGGCCGGCAGCCCCGCCGUGCUGGGGCCCCUGCGGCUCGAGGCCGUCGAGCUGCGCGACAUCGGCCAGGUGUGGCUCGACCUCGGAGGCCUGGGCGCGUUCGACUUCUUGCUCGAGGCGCUCGUCAAUCUGGCGACGAACGUGUUCAAGUGGUCGCUCGCGGAGGCCGCCCUCGACACCGUGGCCGCCGCCCUGAGGACGGAGAUCGCCCAACUGCCAUCGUUUGAGCUGCACUAGACCGAGUCUGUGCGCGUGUGGCGAGCACGCGCUCAUCGGAUGACUUUGUGAAAUACUGCAGACAGUUCCUACACAGUGCUGUCUGAACGGCCGGCAAUUCGGUUGUCGUCGGACGGCACUCCUGAUCAACACCUGACGGGGAUUCGCCCCGACAUAUAUCGCGACGCACACUUCGCAUUUCUCCUAAUCCACGAUGCGCACAAAUGCCACUGCAGAUAAAAGCCUCCAAUGGGAA